AUGACAUCCUCUUUAGUCUUUUCUACCUUUUCUAUCCUUGUUAUCCUUCUACUUCGGGUUUGUUCAAUCCAUAUUCAAGAUAAUGUCUUUGAUGUCACUUCAUUUCAUAGCAUAUCUGGAGGAGCACUUGAUAUAACUAAGGCAUUGCUAAAGGCAUGGAGUGAAGCAUGCGAUGCUGAAAACGGCGUAGUUUUGAUCCCGAAAGGAACGUUCUUGUUGAAUAAGGUGAAAUUAGCUGGACCAUGCAAGGGUUCAACAAGAUUUAUACUUAAUGGCAAUUUGAAGGCCCCGACCAACGUUUCAGUCAUGAAACAUUCCAAACAUUGGGUGUUGUUCUCUAACAUCCUAGGUUUGUCCAUUGUUGGGAAGGGCUCUUUUGAUGGCCGAGGUGAAUCUGCGUGGCUUCUAAAUGAAUGCAAACGUAAACUUCACUGCAUAUCUCUUCCAAUUUCUAUAAGCUUGAAGAAUAUCUCAAAUGCAUUGAUUCAAGGCAUAGUCUCUAAAAAUAGUAAGUUUUUUCACAUUACGAUAAGAAAGAGUGACUCUAUUCUAAUCAAGAACGUGAGAAUACAAGCUCCGCACAAUAGCCCCAAUACGGACGGAAUCCAUAUCUCCCGGUCAAAGGAUAUAACUAUCGUCAAUACGAACAUUGGGACAGGCGAUGAUUGCAUCUCCUUGAGCAAAGGAAGUACAAAUAUUGACAUCCACAAUGUCACAUGUGGUCCUGGUCAUGGCAUUAGUAUUGGAAGCUUAGGACAACAUGAAAAUGAAGAAGAUGUGAGUGGGAUUGUUGUGAAGAAUUGCACUUUCACAAACACCAAAAAUGGAGUUAGGAUCAAAACAUGGGCUCCUUCUUUUUCUUCAAGGGUCUUCAAUCUUAUUUUUCAAGAUAUCAUUUUGAAUAAUGUUAGCAAUUCAAUUUUAAUCGAUCAGCACUAUUGCCCCAACUCUCAUUGCAGGUCUAUGGGAGAAUCAAGAGUCGAAAUUUCAAAUGUUAAGUUCAUCAACUUUAGGGGUACUUCCUCUAAUAAGGUAGCUGUCACUCUCGAUUGUAGCUCGUUUCUGCCCUGUGAUGAUAUUGUGUUAGUAGGUUUAGACAUAAGCCAUAAGCGUGGAAGACCUACUACUGCCGAUUGCACCAACUUUCAUGGAAUAUUUGAUGAAAGUAGAUCUCCAUUUGCUUGUGUUGGUGAAGUUUUUCCAAUUCCAAUUCCAACCGUUGAGAUUGUCCCAACUCUAAUUGGCGAUAUUGUCCUAACUCCAACUCCAAUCAAUGAGAUCGUCCCAAUUCCAACUCCAACCAGCGAGAUUGCCCCAACUCCAACUCCGAUUGGUGAGAUUGCCUCAACUCCAACUCCAAUCGGUGAUAUUGUCCCAAAUCCAACUCCAACCAGCGAGAUCGUACCAACUCCAACUCCAUCCAGCGAGAUCGUACCAACUCCAACUCCAACCAGCGAGAUCGUACCAACUCCAACUCCAACUCGAACUAAUGGAAUUGACAUAUUUUAUGCAGAAGAUUUUUAUUCAUUUUUAUAA